AUGCCCAUUCGAGUGUCUGCCACCCUCGCUGAUCCGCCCCAGCUCCAGAGGCGAUCCACGCCUCGCAGGGGCUGGAACGUGCGCCCUUCCAACUACGCCACUGGCACUGUCAAUCCCAUCCGUGCCGUAGUCGAGAACAUGAAACUCACGCCCAACCCGGACAAGAAGAUGAUUUCGUUGUCGAUCGGGGACCCAACUGUUUCUGGCCAUCUCAAGCCAUGUGAGGAAAUAAUCAACUCCGUGGAGAAAAGUUUGCGGAGCUUCCGGUUCAAUGGAUAUGCCGCGAGCACAGGUCACUUGGAAGCGCGAGAGGCCGUGGCAAAGUAUUCAACGAGGCCGGGAGCUCCUAUUGAAGCAAAAGAUGUAAUUUUGACAUCGGGAUGCUCACAAGCCCUGGAGCUCGCCAUCUGCGUGUUGGCCAAUCCCGGACAAACCAUCCUGGUGCCGCGUCCCGGAUUUCCCCUCUACAAAACACUCGCCGAAAGCAUGGGCAUCAACAUCAAGUACUACACAUUGAUGCCCGAAAAAAAGUGGGAAGUCGAUCUUGCCGACCUGGAGCAUCAAAUGACAACUUGUGAAGUGGCCGCCCUGGUCGUCAACAACCCUUCCAACCCCUGCGGAUCCGUGUUCUCACGAAGACACCUGCAGUCGAUCUUGGAGGUGGCUGCUAGGAACUACGUGCCCAUCAUUGCAGACGAAAUCUACGAACAUUUUGUGUUCCCUGGUGAAGAGUUUUAUCCCAUUGCCUCCAUGUCUCUCUCUGUCCCCAUACUAACAUGCAGCGGCCUGACGAAAAGGUUUUUGGUCCCUGGAUGGAGAAUGGGCUGGAUCUUGAUUCACGAUCGGAAUGAAGUUUUCGGGUCGUCGAUUCGCCAGGGCUUACAGUCUCUAUGCCAAAGAAUUAUGGGGAGCAAUACCAUCAUUCAGGGUGCCAUACCGAGAAUUCUGAAGGAAACGCCACAGCAUUUCUUCAGCGGAGUUAUCAACUCUGUUAAAGUCAAUGCUGAAAUUGCGCAUUCUAGUCUGUCUGAAAUCCCUGGUUUGACACCAAUUAUGCCCUCUGGAGCCAUGUACAUGAUGGUGGGCGUCGACGUGAACUAUUUCUCGGGCUUUCGACACGAUAUGGACUUCGUGGAGAAACUGGUGGCCGAACAGUCGGUCAUGUGCCUGCCAGGAAUGUGCUUCGACUACCCGAAUUACGUGCGCCUGGUGCUGACGGUACCCGAAGACGAGAUCCGCGAGGCCUGCACCAGGAUCGCUUCCUUCUGCGGCCGACACUCCAAGUUCCAGUUUAUCCAGGAGGUGGAGGAGGAAGAGGAAGAACAGCUGCCGAUCCACGAGCCACUCUCCGAGACAGUGGAGGCUGCUCCGAUGCCCAUCCGUGUCUGAGAUGUUGUCGCCGAGAGAUAGAUUUUAGAAUAGAAGCCUUCUCAACAGCAAUUAGACAGCAAUUAGAAGCUCGCAUCUGACCUGUGACCAGUGACAGCCAGAUGGACCGUCUCCAGAGUUCUGGUUAGCGAGAGGUGCAAAAUUCUCAAAGCAAGUGCAAUAGGAAAUGUGCAAUAGCAGUUGAAGACAAAGGGAUGCAAUCCAAAUCCGUAUCUGACAUCACUUAUGCUUAACAUUUCACUCCGAGGAAAGGACAUUCAGCAUUACUGAUGUUCCAACAACAUAUUUUUGUUAGCUAUCCAUAACAAGCGGCUCCCAAAGUUCAAUCCUUAUGUUGGUUUCAGACCUUAAGCGGUGGCCACAAAAUACGUUGUUGCGGUCCCUACUGCCGUAGUUUUACACCAACAUUUACAGUGGACCUGUUCCGCGUCAUAAAACAACAUGUUCCAAUCAGGGGCGCUCAAAUGUUUGAGGAGAAGGAAAAUUCUCAAUUUGCCAAAGUGAUUGA